CAUCUUUGUGUUCUUUCUUUUCUUUAUUUUUUGUUCCAACAAAGAGACGGUCGUACCAAACACCUUCUCUAGAUUAUCUCAGAUUGUUGAGAGAGUAGCCCAUAGAAGUUCUCCAGAAUUUCUCGUAUAAUUAUUUUAAUUAAUACAGACGGCUCUUUCUGAUAGUGACGGACCAAUCUGAUCUGCAUUCCUUGAAACUCAAAAAUAUUGCAGAAGACAUAAGGGAGAAUGCCACUAGGACUUUGGUCGCCUUACAUCACCAGGGCGAGCAAAUUAGCAAGACCCAUGUGACUGCUGUUGGCAUUGACCAUGAUCUUAGCAAGGGUGAAAAACUUUUGGGGAGUCUUGGAGGGAUAUUUUCAAGGAAAUGGAAGCCAAAAAAGACUCGUCCGAUUUCAGGCCCUAUGAAUACAGGAGAUGAACCGGUUCAAAGGAUGGCUAACCACUUUGAGCGACGGGGGAAAUUGGGACUGAGUUCUGCACCAAAGAUGCCAGCGGGCGAACCAACUCCACUCUCUGAACCAACCAAUGCACAACAAAAAGUUGAGGUUGAGAAGGCAAAACAAGAUGAUGCUCUUUCAGAUCUUAGUAAUAUCUUGGGGGAACUCAAGGACAUGGCAAUCGACAUGGGCUCUGAGAUUGAAAGGCAAAGCCAAGACAUGCAUCAUCUUGAGGACGAUGUUGCAGCGCUUGAUCUCAGAAUGAGAGGGGCCAACAGGCGAGCCCGCAAGUUGCUUGGAAAGUAAAUAGACAUUCUGAGGGUUAGAUCAACCAUAUUUGGGAUUUCUUAUGCUAUGUGUCCUGUAAUGAGAAUGGUUUCUUUAUUUAAUUCACAAAUCAAAAGGCUCCAAUGUU